GGAGCCGCGUUUGCUCUGUGGGUCGCCACCAAGAUGGCUGGGGCCGGGGAACUGGGACUGGCCGAAUUGCCGUCUGACCCUCUGCUGCUGAUCCUGUCCUACUUGGACUUCCGGGACCUUCUCAGCUGCAGUCUUGUUAACCGAAGGCUCAACCAGCUGUCCAACCAUGAUCCUACACAUGUAAAAGAAAACAUGAUGCAUCAGACCAGGCCACCUUCUUCCAUUGCUCUUGAUAAGAAAAAGAACAGAAGCUGGAAGGCAACUUUUAUGGAGUAUUACUCGGACAUGGGGCGAUACAUUCAUCACUAUGCCAAGCUGAAGACAACCUGGGAUUCUCUCGAGGAGUAUCUGAAUGAAAACUGCCCACGAAUGAUCAGCUCACUAAAAGCCGGGGUUCAGGAAGAAGAUAUUGAUGCAGUUGAAGAAAGGGUAGGCUGUAAACUUCCAGAUGAUUAUCGAUGCUCAUUGCGAAUUCAUAACGGACAGAAGCUUGUGGUGCCUGGGUUAAUGGGCAGCAUGGCUCUGUCAAACCAUUACCGGUCGGAGGACCUCCUGGACAUCGACACAGCAGCAGGCGGCUUCCAGCGCAGGACGGGGCUCAACCAGUGCUUGCCUAUCACUUUCUGUAUCCACACAGGGCUCAGCCAGUACUUGGCACUGGCAGAUGCGGAAGGGAGAUCUCGCAAUGAAAUCUUCUAUCAGUGUCCAGACCAGACGGCACAUAACCCAGCUGCCCUGGACAUGUUCAUCAUAGGUACCUCCUUCUCGCAGUGGUUCACCACCUAUGUGCAGCGUGUGGUGUCAUGUGACUACCCCAUCAUCAGGGACCAGAUCUUCAGGUAUGAACAUGACAAGGACUGUGUGGCCUCUACCGAUGAGAUCUCUGUGUCAGUCUCCACUUCCUUCCUCCCUGAGCUGAGCUCUAUCCACCCGCCGCACUUUUUCUUUACCUACAGAAUCAAACUGCACAUGGCCAAAGAUGCUUUACCAGAGAAGGCGUGUCAGUUGGAUAGCCGCUACUGGAGAAUAACCAAUGCCAAAGGGCACGUGGAAGAGGUGCAAGGCCCAGGAGUUGUAGGAGAUUACCCCAUUCUGAGAGCAGGCCAGACAUACGAGUAUACAAGCUGCACAACAUUCUCAACAACCUCCGGCUACAUGGAAGGCUAUUACACAUUCCACCGCCUGAGCAAGAGGAGCGAGGUCUUCAAUGUAACCAUUCCCCGUUUCCAUAUGAAAUGCCCUACUUUUCGAGUCUCUAACAUCGCCACACAUGAGAGCUGCAAUGAUUGCUUCCGUGAUGACUAUGACCCUGCCGACAACGACGACUUUGAUGAUGAAGAAAGGAGACAGGUUUUCAAUAUGCCCAACCCCCCAGUCCACUGCCCGCGCUUCACUUGAAUGGAUACCAGCAGCUAGUGAAGAGCCCCGGGUGCAGGAUUUCACUCAUCUUUGCUAGAGGGAUA